AUGGGUGUCAAGCAGCUCGCCAAUAAGAACGAAUUCGACGCCGCCAUCAACGGCACCGACAAACUCGUCGUCGUCGACGCCUUCGCCGAAUGGUGCGGCCCCUGCAAAGCCAUUGCCCCCAAAGUCCACUCUUGGAGCGAAGAAUACACCGAUGUCGACUUUGUCAAGUUUGACGUCGACGAGAGCCCCGACGUCGCGCAGGAACUCGGUAUCCGCGCCAUGCCUACUUUCCUGUUCUUCAAGAACGGACAGAAGAUCACUGAGGUUGUGGGUGUGAACCCGCCUGCUUUGGAGGCUGCUAUCAAGAACAACAAAUAA